CGUGACAAUUAAAAGCCAGGGAAAGGUAGUAAACUGGACUGUAGUAUAAAAGUCCGGGGGCUGAGGGAUUGGCUGCAGCAGGUAAACAUCUUCCCUGCGAUUUCUUCCCAAUGGGGUCUGACCCAUCCAAUUAAAUAACAUCCACCCCCCGGGCAACAUUCUAUUCCCGGGUCACAUUCUAUUUCCCGGGCAACAUUCCAUUCUCGGGUCACGUUCCAUUCUCCCGACCACCAUCGAAUCGCGCCCGCAACACUAUGGACACGGAAGCCUGCCUGCUAUCAUGUCUGGACAAACCCGCCUCCAACCUUGGCGUCAACGAUGUGUACGAGAUCGCCAAGUUGAUCGGCACUGAGCUGGAGAGGCUAAUAGACAGCCACGGGAAGAAGGUCGUGGAAGGUCUGAUCCCUAAGAUUAUCCGCAUCUUGGAAAUGCUGGAAAGUUUCGUGACAAGGAACGGGAACACCGAGCAGGAGCUGAUCCGAGCUUUCGUGAGGUUACAAGACGGAGAGAGAAGCGCGGGCUACUACAAGGAUCUGGAACAUAAAACGAACAUAUGGCAUAAACCAAUCCAGGAACUACAGAAGCAGAUUUCCCAACUGACAGAUGAAAACCAGCGUCUUGUUAACCAGUUGGUUGAGAUUCAGUCUCAGGAAGACAGCCUUUCCAAGAAGGAACGGGAAGUAAUGCUAAAAUUGAAAGAAGUGGUUGAUCAACAGCGAGAUGAGAUCCGAGCCAAAGGCCAUGAGAUCUAUUGCAAGAAUGAAGAUGUUGAUGCACUUCAACAGCAGCUGGAUCGAGUUCUGAAGGUAAACGAUGAUUUGCGGCAUAAAAUAAAUGUCGUCCAGACCCAAUUGAGAAAUGUGUUGGAGAAGAAGGCAGAAUUGGAAGUCACAGUACAGGAAAAGGAGAAGGAAAUAAAUCGACUGCAGUCCAACCUGGCUGAGGUUCAGGCAGAAAGCAGUAAUGGCAAAAAGAUCACGGAUGCAUCAACAAUCAACAUGGCCGAUAAAAUAAUCAUUGAUGUGAAUGAUCCAGAACGGCCUUACUUCACAAAACAAGAAAUGCGACAGAUUCUGCAUGAGCGCAAUGAGCUAAAGGCAAAUUUGUUCCUGGUGCAGGAGGAACUAGCUUACUAUCAGAGAGAGAUUCUCAAUGAUGAGAAGUGUCCGGCAAUUUUCAUGGAAGCAAUCAAGACAGCAAUUAAAAAGCAGAGGAAAAAGGUGAAGGCCAAAAUGUUGGGAAUACAAGAAAACAUGUGCAGCAGUGACGAAGAUGACAAAGAAGCUCUUGCCCUUCCCUGCUUUUCAGCCGAUGAAGUGGAUGCCAAGCCACCAGAGUCAAAAAUCAAAUCCAUGUCACCCUUUUCCACACAUCCCUCUCAAUCUGGGAGGGUGGGAUGGUCUGGAGCUCAGACUCUCCCACAUCAGCCAUCAAUGUCCCUCCACGACCAGUUGUCACGUGCAAUUCAGGUUUGGAUUUCUUUAUCGUGGUAACAGUGCCAAAACAUCAACUACCACCACACCAACCACUACCACAGCUGAAGCUUGGGAAGUCAUUACCCCCAAGGAAGUGAACUUGCAUGUAGAAUGUUCACAAACCAAAGAAUAAAACGAAGC